AUGCUGAGUGAACUCAUUGAUGAGACUGAGAUUCAGGCGCCGGCCGCCAAAGUUUGGGAGAUUUAUGGCACCGUUGAGUUUGGAAACUUCCUUCUACAUCACGUCCCUCAUGUCGUUCAGAAAAUCGAGUUCCUCGAAGGCAAUGGCGGCGAAGGAACUCUUCUCUAUGUCACUUUUGCUCCUGGUUUAGGUGGUGUGAGAUACAAAGAGAAGUUUACAAAGGUGGAUAAUGAGAAUCGUAUAAAAAUAGCAGAAAUGGUGGAAGGAGGUUAUUUGGAUCUUGGCUUUACUCUUUACAGGUUUCGUUUUGAGAUUAUUGAGAAAAAUGAAGAGAGUUGCAUAGUAAAAUCAAGUGUCCAAUAUGAGUUAAAGGAAGAAGCGGCUUCAAAUGCUUCACUUGCAACUGUUCAACCUUUGAAAGAGGUUGCUCAAGCUGUCAACAACUACUUCCUCAAUAAGUCAACAGCCUAGAAGAUGAUGCAUAAUCCAUUGAUGUGAUAACCAUCCAUAUGUUUUGAAUGGACUUCUUUUAGUGUUUGUUUAGAAAUAAGCUAAGUCGUUGUUUGUCAUAUUUAGCAACCACUUAGUACUUUUUCUGUAAUGGGUUUGAGAAAGUUGUUUGUCAUGUUUAGUAACCCCCUAAAAGGACUUUUUAUGUAAUGGGUUUGAGGAAAUAAGUUUCUCUUUUUUUUUUUUUUUUAUGAAUAAGAAUGACCCAUUUUGGAAA